CGGCACUUCCGGUGAGGGUCGUCUCAUCUAUUCCCGGGAGUCCACGGCUGGAGGCCUGCGCGGCACCGAGGUUUUGGAGGCUGGAGUGAGAGGCGGACAGGAGGGACCCGGAGGAGAGACGGAGUGCUGGGAUUAAAGGCGUGUACCACCAAUGCCCGGCAAUUUCUCAGAAUUCUUGUCCAGUGACAUGUCCAUGGAACAAGUUUCAAAAAUGUUUCAGUGUUGAAUAAGUAUAUAUCAAUAUAAAAAACAUGGAUGAAGAACCUGAAAGAACUAAGCGGUGGGAAGGAGGCUACGAGAGAACAUGGGAAAUUCUUAAAGAAGAUGAAACUGGAUCACUUAAGGCUACGAUAGAGGAUAUUCUUUUUAAGGCAAAGAGAAAAAGAGUGUUUGAGCACCAUGGACAAGUCCGACUUGGAAUGAUGCGCCACCUUUAUGUGGUAGUAGAUGGUUCCAGAACAAUGGAGGAUCAAGACUUAAAGCCCAAUAGGCUGACUUGUACUUUAAAGUUGUUGGAAUACUUUGUAGAAGAAUAUUUUGAUCAAAAUCCUAUCAGUCAGAUUGGAAUAAUUGUGACUAAGAGUAAAAGAGCUGAAAAACUGACUGAACUUUCAGGAAACCCAAGGAAACACAUAACAUCUUUGAAGAAAGCUGUAGAUAUGACCUGCAACGGAGAACCAUCUCUCUAUAAUUCCUUAAGCAUGGCAAUGCAAACCCUAAAACACAUGCCUGGACAUACAAGUAGAGAAGUACUAAUCAUCUUUAGUAGCCUGACAACCUGUGAUCCAUCUAAUAUUUAUGAUCUCAUCAAGACCCUGAAGGCAGCUAAAAUCAGAGUGUCUGUUAUUGGAUUGUCUGCAGAGGUUCGAGUUUGCACUGUACUUGCUCGUGAAACUGGUGGCACAUACCAUGUUAUUUUAGAUGAAACCCAUUACAAAGAGUUGUUAACGCAUCAUGUUAGCCCUCCUCCUGCCAGCUCAAGCUCCGAAUGCUCACUCAUUCGUAUGGGAUUCCCUCAGCACACCAUUGCUUCUUUGUCUGAUCAGGAUGCAAAACCAUCCUUCAGCAUGGCGCAUUUGGAUAAUAGCACUGAGCCAGGACUUACACUGGGAGGAUAUUUCUGCCCACAGUGUCGAGCAAAGUACAGUGAGCUUCCUGUUGAAUGUAAAAUAUGUGGUCUUACUUUGGUGUCUGCACCUCACUUGGCACGAUCUUACCAUCAUUUAUUUCCUUUGGAUGCUUUUCAAGAAAUUUCUCUAGAAGAAUAUAAAGGAGAAAGAUUUUGUUAUGGAUGUCAGGGGGAAUUGAAAGACCAGCAUGUCUAUGUUUGCACAGUGUGCCAAAAUGUUUUCUGUGUGGACUGUGAUGUUUUUAUUCAUGACUGUCUCCAUUGUUGUCCUGGCUGUAUUCAUAAGAUCCCAACUCCUGCAGGUACCCACAGGAGUCAGAAAAAGGCAUCAGAUCUCCUGGAACUGGAGUUGAAAGGCGGUUAUAAACUGCCCAAUGAGGGUACUGGGAUCCGAACCUAGGUCCUGUGGUGCAAGAGCAGCAACUGCUCUAAACCACUGAGCCAUCUUUCCAGCUCCAAAGUAUGAUCUUUAAGGAAAAAAAAUCCAUAUGUGCUUUCAAGCACACACACGCACGCACAUGCACAUGCACUCGCACACAUGUGAUCAGAGUCAUCAGGAUUCAUAUUCAUUGAGUGGUUCUUUUUUAAAUUUAUUUUAUAUUCAUUGGUGUUUUGCCUCUGUGUGUCAAUG